GAGGGUAUCGCGCGCCGCGCUAUCGCCUUCAAUCUGCCAUGUCUAUCUAACGAGACCGCAGGCUCCGUGACGAUAAAGCGCAGUACAGUGUCGACGCCCAGUCCUUGCGUGUAGGCAUUUGGUAGAACUCCAAAAUGCAGACAAUAAAAUGUGUAGUAGUUGGAGAUGGAGCAGUCGGUAAAACUUGUUUAUUAAUUUCUUACACUACGAAUAAAUUUCCAUCGGAAUACGUCCCGACAGUAUUUGACAAUUAUGCAGUCACCGUCAUGAUUGGCGGGGAGCCAUAUACAUUAGGAUUGUUUGAUACAGCUGGUCAGGAAGACUAUGAUCGUCUACGUCCAUUAAGUUAUCCACAAACUGAUGUGUUUCUCGUGUGCUUCUCAGUUGUGUCACCGUCAUCAUUUGAAAAUGUUAAAGAAAAGUGGGUACCCGAAAUAACACAUCACUGUCAGAAGACGCCGUUUUUACUGGUUGGCACGCAAAUCGAUUUACGAGAUGAUGCAGCAACCAUUGAAAAGCUAGCGAAAAAUAAGCAAAAGGCUAUUUCGGGCGAACAAGGAGAGAAACUUGCUAAGGAAUUAAAAGCUGUGAAAUAUGUUGAAUGUAGCGCUCUUACACAGAAAGGACUUAAAAAUGUCUUUGAUGAGGCAAUAUUAGCGGCUUUAGAGCCACCAGAACCUAUUAGAAGAAGAAGAUGUAUUAUUUUGUAGAAGGUGUACGACUUUUUUUAUAUAAAACUGUUAGUUCUACAGUAAUGAAGACUGUAAGUUUCCUCAUAUACACUGCAUGCAAAAGUUUUACAGUGACAAUUGUUAAAUUCUAAGGCAUAUAAUAAGUAUUUUAUAACAUUGGCGCGGCAUAUACGUGGAUAUGAAGCAAUUUUUAUCUAUAUUGGCAUUAUACAAAUUUUAUAAUUAUAAAAUUGUAAUUAUAAUUAUUAAAUUAUAUCUGCCUUGUAUAAUGAAUGUUAUACCAACAUAUCUCACAUUAUUCUGUGUAUCUCUGUGCUUGCAUUAUGGCGAUCAGACAUAUGGAUUGUCUUACACAGAAUGUUAACAAGAGAUUCGAGAGAAUUUAGGGAUAUAAUAUAAUAUCCGUAUAAUAUAUACACUACAUCGUUAAAAAAAAAAAGAUAAAAUAAUUUUGCUCAAUAUAAACUGUUUCAUAAAGAAGAUUGUAUGUUUUGUAUGAUUUUAUGUCAUCAAAUUAUAACAAAAUGUACACGUA